CGGUUGCCUUGGGUGCGUUUCCGUGGCCGUUAGGUCGUCGAGCGGUCGACAGCUCGCAUUCACGAUUCAAACAUGGCAGCGGCUACAAGCGUCGUGGUACUCGACCGAGGGAACAAUACCACCUGCACGAUUAAUCUACACGGAGCUACCGUGGUCUCCUGGCGAGUCAACAAUCAGGAACAGCUAUUCGUCAGUAAGCAAGCUGUUUUCGAUGGGAAGAAGGCGAUCAGAGGCGGGAUUCCAUUCGUAUUUCCCCAAUUUGGAGCGUGGACGUUCGGUCCAGGUCAUGGAUUCGCUAGGAUCGUUCGUUGGAAUCUUGAAAAGUCACCGGAACGUCUGCCAAGCGGUGAUAUGGAAGCGAUAUUUUCAGUAAUGGACAGUGAGUUCACACGCUCAAUGUGGAACUAUCCGUUCAGGGUUACGUACAGGCUGAUACUGCGGGAAAAGGAGCUCCACUUCAACAUCGGGGUCUACAAUCCCAGCAAGGAGCACACCUUCAGCUUCAAUUUACUUCUCCACACGUACUUCAAGGUCCCAGAUGUAAGGCGGUGUCAAGUGACUGGACUGCACGGAUGCACGUUCAUCGACAAGACAAGGGACAAUCAAAUAUUCCAAGAAGGCAGGGAUGUCGUUACCAUUUGCGAAUGGACGGAUAGAAUCUACCAAAACACACAGCCGGAACACAUAAUCACCAACGUCGUCUCCGGCAGGAAGAUGAGAGUUCAAAAAUACAACUUCCCGGACACGGUGGUUUGGAAUCCGUGGCAGGACAAGGCUCGAGACAUUCCUGACUUUGGUGACGAUGAAUUUCCAAAUAUGAUAUGCGUCGAAAGUGGACAUGUCAGCAGUCCCGUUAUGCUGUUGCCAGGGACCGCCUUUGAGGCUAGCCAAAUUCUACAGGUGAUGUGAGCGGAGAACGGACCAUCAAACGGGCCCAGUUCCUCGCUUCCGGUAUCGUCGACCAGAGCCAUUGCAUCGCAUGUUUGGCUCUCGGAAACGGAAAACAGCCUUUGGCCCUACCAAGCGGAGUUCGAACCAGGACCAUCGCCACCACAGCUAUGUCGAGAGAGACACUGUAACGCUCGACAUUGCUCGAUAUGUACUCUAAACCUUUGAAUAUCCAACCGUAUAAACAACGAUAAGCCAUGUGUGAGAGACUUUUUACUAUAAAAAGUUAGGUUCAUCAUAUCUAACUGUUAUUCUUGCCAGCAAGUUGAUAUGCAAAAAAACUUUAACGACGCGCUGUUCAUAGAAUGACUAGCGAUGAAAUUAUGAGAUAUCAAAGUUUUAACUCCUACUCGUAAGUUUACAAAUUCGUAUUUCUCAUCAACUUGCCAAAUUAUUCAGUAUUGAUUAUUUACAAGAUUCAAUUCAGUAAUAAAAUAUGCGUUCCAUUUGUUAGGAACAAUCUGAUUUUAAUGAUGCGACGUAUUUUUCGGUUUAUAUAUAUAUUCAUAAACGAAGCUGCGGCGCGCAAAUCACUCUUACAAAAAUAUGGGGGUGAGCAGGUUUGAUAAUGUAUAAAUAGAGAAAUGGAGAAAGAAGGAAGAAAGGGAGCAUGAAAUAGCGUAGAUAAAUUAUAAAAUGGUUUAGCAGAGUACCGGUGACGUCGGUUAGUUGGGCAUAUAGAUUGAAAAAAAAAGCGUUUUUCGAAAUAUGUACGUUGGUCGAUUCUAAAAUUAAUUCUAGUAUAAAUAACGAGUAAUUGAAUUAAGGUAAUUGAUAACCCACAAUGUAUUUUACACUUAUUAUGCGCGUUGAUAGCAAUUCCAGAGUUCCAACACGAAAAAAAAAAAAAGGAUAAAUGUUCGCAUACAUGUUACGUUUGCUUACACGUACUAUAAUUCGUUACUUUGAAUGCAUUCCCGCUAAGUAAAAAUUUCGCUAGGAUAUUAUUUUUUUUUCCCGCUUUUGUCACCGACGAAAAAGAUGAAAUUUCUAUUUUGUAACAAGUACAUAUGGCCGUCUAUCUCAACGUACAAAAUAUACCAUUCCAUUAGAAAUAUAUACAUACGUAGAUCACACAAUGUUGUAUAUCCACAGAACAAAAAAGGAGAUGCGAUACAAGGUUGACUGUUAAUAUUAUAUUAUCACCUUUUAUCAUCACUAUAAAACACGUUUCCGGAUGUAUGAAAUGUUUCUUCCGCAUUCGAGCAAAAAGAAAGGAAGGAAGACAACUUUAAAUUCAAUAUAUAGAGAUGGUUUUCUUUUUCUUAGAGAUAAAGAUGAAAGAAAAUAACUAGCAAUUUUCAAUCUUUCUUCUUCGAUAUAUCUACCACGAUAAUAUGCAUAUUAAAAAAUUGUUUAUAAGGUGGAAAAACUGGUCGAUCAUCUGCAAACAAUACAAUAUGAUACAUUUAUGGUGCUAUAAUAAUAUAUAUAAUACUAUAAAUAAAAGGAAUUAACUCUUUUUUAAACUACGCAAACUUGUACGUAUAGUGAAUAAUUUUUAUAAUAGGAGUUAUAAACCGUCAGUUUGACAAAUUUAUUAGCGACCGGUUUUCUUGUUCCCCUGAAGUUACGAUCUAAUACUCUCUUCUUCAAAUCUAGGCCAGCAAGAGAAUAUAUAUAUUGGUGAAUAUAAUUAAUGAUAUGAAAUAAAAUAUAAAUUACAAAUGGGAAAAAAACAAGUAACACAGUUAAACUGGCAACAAGUAUACGAUUAACAACAGAUUUAACAACGAUUUUACCUUUUACCGUAAAGGUUCGUUUAUCAAAUUAGGUAAAUAGUAAAGAACGAACAUGAGAUUAUUGCAUACGUGAAUCAUACGUACCAUGUUGAAAAAUUCAAUAAGUUUUUCUUAUCCUAAUUUUAUGAUGAAUGUAUUUUUUAUUGAAAAAUAUAUAUAUAUAUAUGUAUACACACAUAUAUAUAUAUAAAGAACGUAAGCAAUCUGCAGCAGUUGGUGAUAGCGGCGGUGCUCAAUUAUUAGCGAAACGAAAUACAGAGAAAACUCGUUCAAAGAGUGCCAUUUUCCGUACUGUUAGACGUGUAAUUAGAAGAAUUCGAUCUAUCGUUUUCUCAUAUCGUUGAAACAAGAGACUCUCUCAACAAGAUUACACGUCGUUCAAAGAAUUCUACUAACAAAAUUAUACUUACUGUAUGUUGAAAGCUGAGACAAACGUUUCCCCCAGUUAUGAACUAAAUUUCAUUUAAUAAAAUUGUUCGAUUAUUUUAUUCAUGUGUUCAAAAAGAAAAAAAAAAAAUGAUUUUUAGAUUAUAAAUAACAAUAAUAUGCGAUCGUCCAUCUUCCGCGAAGGGACCGUCAAUUAAUAAGACAUUAGUAGUUCGGAUGCCUUAAUUUCGUGUAUGAAACAGGAUACGUUAAAAAUAAUAAUGUAUACGAUGAGACGCACCCUGUUCCUUUUUUAAACGUGAAAAAUUAGUCCUAUAGAGCGUAUGUGAAAAGAAUCUUUUUCUCACACUUUAGGGUUCCAAUUUAUUUUUCUUUCUUUCAUUCCCAUUCUCUAAUAUAUCGCCAAAGUUCCUCGGUUAGUUUGUAUACUCACAUAAUAAGAAAAAAAAAACGUAAAAGUUAACGUUUGACCUACAAACGUGAUAAUUUCUGGCGUAUGUUUAUAAUAUUACGUAUUAUAAGUGAAAGGUCUGGUGAAGUAGUAUGAAAAAACGUAAAAUAAAAGAGACAAACGAAAGAAAAAUCGACACGAAGGAAAUAUACCUAUGCUUGGGUACGUUUUGUAUACAUGCAUGUAUAUAUAUAUGAAUAUAUAUAUAUGGAUAUGCAUAUGUAAUACAGAAAGUACGGAUAUAGACCCGAGUGAUUGAUUAAGCAAUUCGUAAGAGUUAUAGCAAUAAAUUUCAUUACCGUUAGCUACGUAGUAUUUAGUAGACAAAAGAGUAACGAAAAAUGAAUAAAAUAAUGAAAUAUUUGAUAAGGGUUUUUGGUCUUUAGAGGCUAGACAAUAUUUUAAACAAUUUUAAUACAAGAGAAAUAAUGUAAUUCUUCUUUCCAACUGUUGCUCUUAAUUAUGAUUAUUAUUAUUAUUAUCAUUAUCACGUUUUCUUUCCCACGUCAGCGGAUUAUAAUAUAUACAUAUAUUUACAACGAAGUAAAACUCAACGAUCUUCCACGAUGGACGAAAUGAGAAUCCGAUUGUAUGCGCGUACUUAGUCGCGAAUGUAACGUUCCUUUUGUUAUUCAAAUUUUCUAAGAAUUGAAAGCUUAUAAAAUACGGCGAUCCUUCGUAAUAAACAAUGCAUUUACACAUUACCAUACCAUAGCAUAUUAGUAUGGUAUACAAAUUAAACUUAAAAAGAA